GUUCUUUCAUGAAUUGUAAUUUUAAUUAACAUUUGUGGUUCAUAUUUUAAUAAAUCUGAAUUAAAAUUGAAAAUAUUAUUUGUUCGUUUCUUCAAGAAAAGGUUACACCAUUUAUCAUUCAACCCCCAUGUCAUUUUCACCACAAAUUCACCACAGAACUUUUCAUAAUUUCAUUCUACGUUAAAUGUAGUUAAAGUCCAGACGUGCUUAAGAUAUUCAUACUUGAAUAAUCAAAUUUAUUUUUGAAGAACUUCUAAGAAUAAUUCUGAAUAUAUUUUCUUUUUGUUUUCCUGAAAAAUGAAUUACGAAAAUAUAAAAAUCAAAAUUGAGAAGGAUGAUGCCCUUCCAGACAACCCAGCUUCAAAUUUAAUUGUUAAAUUGGAUGCUUUGGAGAAAGAUGUAGCAUUCCUAGUCAAACUGGGACAACUUCAAGAUAUAAAAUUAAAGGAAGCUCAAGACGAAGUAAAGAAAGCACACGAAAAAAUAUGUGAAUUGGACAAAAUCGUCUUGAAGAUUUCGCAACAAAAUGUUCGUGACGCUUCACGUGGAAAAUAUCAAAUUUACGUCACUAACAUGGCUCCCGGAACAACUACACUAGAACUUACAGACCAUUUCAACAAAUACGGAAAAGUAGUAGAAGCUGUCAUUCUUCGUCAAAAUUUGCGAUCCCAAUGUGGAUACGUAGAGUUUGAAAGUACUGAGGCAGUCAACGUCAUCUUGGAUUCCGGAUUAAGCCAUUAUGUCAAGGGUAGAAAUCUCAUUGUUAAGAAAUCACUUGGACCACGAGUUCCAGUAUACGAGGAUAAGGAAAAUUUUUACUCUCAUGAUCGCAAGCCCCUUAAGUCCUAUCAGAACAAGCGCUACUUCCCUUAUUAAGUUUCCCAGUGAGACACUGACAUUUCUCAUAAAGAGAUUAAUAUUUCGUUACAUUUCCCAUUUCAGUUUAUAUUUUAUAUAAUUUUUGUACGCACUUAUUAAGUGCUCUGGAAGUCAAUAAUAUUUUGUUUAACAAAGCUUAGAUACUAUUAGAUAUUUCUUGUUAUUGCAUAUUAUAAUUUUGUUUACAAUUUCUUGUUAAUAAAAUCAAGUUGAAAAUGCUAAAAUAAAAUUUUGAAAUUUUUUAUUGACUUCAAAAAUAACUUUUAAGAAAUAUGUAAGUUCCAAAAAAUUUAUUCAAUUAAAUAUUUUCUUAAUUCAAUCGAAAAUUUGAGUUUCAGAGAUUGUGAGUUCACAAUUACUUUUGACUCUCGCUUUGAAAGAAGAAACUGCAUCUUCGAUAGUUGUUUGGAAAUCAGAGAAAAAUGGCUUGAAUUCUUUAACUGAUAUAUCGCUUUGUCCGUCAGAAAAAGCUUUUCUAAUUUCAUCAAAUGUUGUAAAGAUUUCUUGUCUUCCAUCUUCAGUUAAAUCAGUUAAAACUUUUUUCAAGAAAUCAUAGCAGAGUUGAUAGAAAUCGCAUGAAACUUUUUUCAAUUCAUCAGUUGGUCUGUUAACAUUCUUUGAUCCAGUAAUUUCUGCAAGAAUUAAAGUUUGUGUUCUCAAAAGUUGAUUUUCUAGUUUUUCAUUUUGAGCUUUAAGAUUCGUGAGAUCGUUAAAAAUAUCCGUCAGAUUAGAAAUUAUUGCAUCGUUUUCCCUUUGUUGCUCGAUCUCAGCGCAUUCCAAUUUUUCCUCGUCUUCUCUUUUAAAUCUUUUUAUUUCAACAAUUUCAUCAU